AUGUUUUUUGAGAAACUUAGGAUCUAUAACACAAAGGAAAAGCUAAUUGAGAGAAUAAUUCAGUAUAAGAGGGAGGAGGAGUUAAGAAGAAACAGUCCGAUAAGAGAAAAAAUCAAAAGAACUAGUAUUGAUAAUUACUCAAUAAUUUUAGUAUCAACUUGUUAAACUUAACGAACAGCCUUCAAUUGUAAUAAUAGAAUUUCAGUGUCCCCUAAGAUUUAAUGUAGUUUAGAUAUUGAGAAGAUAAAGAUGCCAUUUAGUUAAGAAAGGGACGGUCAUCUAACUAGGGUGACAGAAAUCCCAGUUAGACAACAGUUUUAUAUUUGAGUUUAUAAGUAGUUUGGCGACUCCUUAACCUCCUCAAAAAAGCAUAAUAGACCAUUUGAACGAGUUGGAAGAAGAAAAGAUGAUUAGGGAGUUGCUUGAUAAUUACAAGCCAGAAUUAUUCGAUGAUAUGAUGGAAAAUGAUAUUCAAGAAAUAGAGAGGUUUAAUGAAGACGCACACGCAAAUUCAAUGAAACAAUUCUCUUAUUAAGAUUACAGUCCUCAAAGAAUGAAUAUGAUAAAAAAGCAUCAACAUCAUCAUCAUAAAUCAAAUUCAACUCGUAAUAACAAUAAUAAUAAAUAUGAUUAAUAACGUUAAUUAUAUUUGUAAUAAUUGGAAUUCAAGGGAGACAUUUAUUAAGAGUAAAAUACGGAUAGAGGAAGAUAUCUAAAAAGGUUUAGAUUAGCUAAGUAAAUUAAUUGUAUAUAUAAUAGCAAAAAUUUGAACAAGGUUUGUUAAGAGGAUUUUAGAAAAGUUGUAAAAUCAUAAAAUAAGCUGGAAGACUUUGCACAAUUCUAUAAAUAACCACCAAAUUUAUAUAUGCAACUAAAUAAGAGUUCACAUCAAUAAUCUAUUUUUUAAAGUGGAUUGGGAUUGGUCCAGUAGUGCAACCACAUCUAAAUAGCUAAUGCAUCUGGCUAGAUUAGAACAAAUUAAUAAGUGAAGGUUUUUUCUGAGGCUUUAAAGACUUCACAAUGUAAGACUUUAACUCAUUUAAAAUUGAGCCACAAUAAACUCAAUUCAUUGAAGUAUUAGACCAAAUUUAAUUUAGGAUUUAAUAACUAACAAAAUCUUUUCCUUAACAUCUUUAAGAAUUAGAUUUAAUGAACAAUGGAUUGGAUUCUAAAGCCUGUCAAUUGUUAUCAAAAUAUAUAUAAAAAUCAGCAAUAAAGAAGGUGAAUCUUGAAAAUAAUCGAAUAGGUGAUUUGGGUAGCAAUGCAUUAUGUUUAGCAAUAUAAGAUCACGAUUAUUUACUUUAUUUAAAUUUAUCAAAAAACAACCUUACUGAACAUUGUACUAUUGAACUUUCUAAUUAUAUAAAGAAAACUUAGGUAUUAUUUGAAUUGUAUCUUCAUUUUAACUCAAUAAAUAGUGCAGGAGGAGUAAAUAUUUGGAAGGCCUUUUACAAGAAUUCUAGUGUGAAAGUUUUUGAUAUUUCUUAUAAUAGAACUGCUUCAUUAGAAUGUGCUUAAUGGAUGGCAAAAGUAAUAAUUAAAUAAUAUCCUGAACUUAUGCAUAUUGAUAUUUCUUAUAAUAAUUUUAAUGAAGAACAAUCUAUUGAAAUAAAGAAGGCAUUGGAUUAAAAUCAGAAUAUUUAUGGAUUUCAUUAUCAAGGAAAUUGCCCAAAAUACUCUGUUGAUUCUACUGGUCAUUUAAGAGACAGAAUCUAAGAAGCAAUUGAUAUUUAAAGAAAAAUUGAAGAAUGUAAAAAAAAUCCUUAAACAACUCUUAAAUUAGUUGAUGAUAAUGAAAUUUAAUCUUUAGAAAUAGAAGACCCUCAUAAUCAUCAUAAUUAUCACCAAUAAAAAAUAAGCAAUUUAUAAAGUGAUGCUGAAUUACAUAGAAACUUCAGAUUUAGAAGAAUUUAAGGUAUGAAACCAAUUAGAUAAAAUUAUGAUAAGGAUAGUGAAUUAGAUUCUUGUUGGAUUUGUGAUGGUUGGUAAGAAGUUAAAUUUACAUGGACUCCAGGAAAGUCAGGAGGAAUGAACAAUGAUCCAAUAUUUGUACAUUUAAACUUUGAAAGUUAUAAACCUAUUCUCAUGACAUUACAUAAUGGAGAAUAUUCUGCAUAUCGAAUGUGUCCUCCAAAUUAUAAAGUUACUUAUUUUUUUAGUAAUCCUGUUUUAGGAAUUCAAACAACUGCAAAAAAUUAAAUGAUCACUUAAACUCCCUCAGAUGAUCCAUUAUAUCAAACUAAAUAAUCAUUUUUAUAUAAUGGAGAUAUAUUAAUUGAAGGUAAUAGGAUGGGUUUUGUGAAUGAAAUGUUUACUGAAGAUAAGUAAUCAAUUAUGGAUAGAUAUUUUGCUAAAAUCUUUAGUAAACCAAGAGAAGAGGAAAAAACCUUUGAUUUAACUAAGUUUCUUACAAAAAGAGAAAAAUAAUUUUGGAGUUAUGAACUUUCAAUCUUUAAGAAUUAUCAACCUGACAAUGAAGAAAUAAUAGAUGAAUGUUUUGAAUAUGAUUAUGGAAGCUCAAAAAUCAAUAAAAUAAUUAAAGAUCCUUUAGAAUAUAAUGAAGUAAAAGAAGUAAUGAGAGAAUAUUAUCCAUAUAUUUUUGCAUCCUAUAAAUUUUAUGCAUCCACACUUAUAGGUGCUACAAUUCCUUGUAUUUCAUCAAAUGCUUUUUUUGAUUUAAUUAAUUCAACUAGUGUAAUAUCAGAUAAAUUUAGAACUGGUGAUGUUGAUUUAAAUUUCAUUUCCACUUCAAAUGUAAAAGAUAUCAAUUAUCCUAAUGUAUAUGAGAAAGCAUUAGUUAGAUAUUAAUUGAUGGAAUUAUUGGUUAGAAUAGCAGUUGAUAAAUAUAUAAGAACCUAAAUUUGUAAAUCAGUUAAAGAGAGUUUGAGAAAACUAUUUGAAGAGGAUGGAGUUAAAUUAAAAUUAUUAGAGAUAGAUCGUAGCCAAGAUUGGAGAGAUAUGCGAUACUGGAAUGAAUAAUGUGAUACUCUUUUAAGUAAUUUAAUUAUUCAAUAUAUUUAGAGGAUAGAUUACCUAUGUUAAAAAUGUUAUUCAAAUUUACUUCAAAAUUAAAUCCUAAAUAAAAAUAUUACAAACAUUUAUGGCUUCAAUUUAAAGACUUUAGAGAUUUGAUUAAUAAAUGCGAUUUAUAUUGUGAUAUAUUUGUUGAAAGAGAUGCUUAUUUAGUAUUCUUAUUAUCAAUGUAAACUUCAGUUGAUGAAUUGUUCUUGCUUAAACAUUUUCAGAUGGAAUUCUAUGAAUUCUUAGAAGCACUCGCCAGAUGUGCUGAGAAGUUAUCAUUAAUUAGAACUUAAGAUUAAUUAGGUAUUGAUGAGAGAAGACAAUAACCAUUAUUCAAAAAAUUAGAUGCUCUCACUUACCUUAUAUAUGUUAGAUUAGGAGAAUUUAUAAAGUCUUAUUUUAAAGAUUCAGAAGAUCUUUCGGAUUUCGAUAAGUGCAUGUAAAAAUAAUAUGGAUAAGUUAUCAAAUAACCAAAUCCUGAUGAAGAGGAAGAAGUAGAAAAACUGACAUCAUAAUAAGAAGAGAAGAUACUUGAAGAAUAAUUAAAAACUAUUGUAGUUCCCCCUUAAAUUACAGUGGUAAUUGAUCUAAUUAAAUAAUAAGGUUUAAUAAAAUAAGAAAACCACUGGAAUGACAUUUUUGUAAGUCAUUAAAUAGGCUUAACAAUAAAAACAGUUAAAGAACCUAUUCAAUUUGACCAAUGUAGUUUAAUACUUUAGAUUAAAGGAAGAAGAAUAAUUAAAAUGACUAUAUAUUUUAUAAUAAUGUAGAUAGAAUUUUUUAAAUUGUUUUUAAUGAUACUGAAUUCUUUAAUCUGAUUUUAUGUUCAUUUAGAAUAUAAAUAAAUUAAGGGAUUACAUUAUUCAAAUUCUAAAGUACAAUUACUAAGAAUAAUAGAAUUAANGAUGUUGAUUUAAAUUUCAUUUCCACUUCAAAUGUAAAAGAUAUCAAUUAUCCUAAUGUAUAUGAGAAAGCAUUAGUUAGAUAUUAAUUGAUGGAAUUAUUGGUUAGAAUAGCAGUUGAUAAAUAUAUAAGAACCUAAAUUUGUAAAUCAGUUAAAGAGAGUUUGAGAAAACUAUUUGAAGAGGAUGGAGUUAAAUUAAAAUUAUUAGAGAUAGAUCGUAGCCAAGAUUGGAGAGAUAUGCGAUACUGGAAUGAAUAAUGUGAUACUCUUUUAAGUAAUUUAAUUAUUCAAUAUAUUUAGAGGAUAGAUUACCUAUGUUAAAAAUGUUAUUCAAAUUUACUUCAAAAUUAAAUCCUAAAUAAAAAUAUUACAAACAUUUAUGGCUUCAAUUUAAAGACUUUAGAGAUUUGAUUAAUAAAUGCGAUUUAUAUUGUGAUAUAUUUGUUGAAAGAGAUGCUUAUUUAGUAUUCUUAUUAUCAAUGUAAACUUCAGUUGAUGAAUUGUUCUUGCUUAAACAUUUUCAGAUGGAAUUCUAUGAAUUCUUAGAAGCACUCGCCAGAUGUGCUGAGAAGUUAUCAUUAAUUAGAACUUAAGAUUAAUUAGGUAUUGAUGAGAGAAGACAAUAACCAUUAUUCAAAAAAUUAGAUGCUCUCACUUACCUUAUAUAUGUUAGAUUAGGAGAAUUUAUAAAGUCUUAUUUUAAAGAUUCAGAAGAUCUUUCGGAUUUCGAUAAGUGCAUGUAAAAAUAAUAUGGAUAAGUUAUCAAAUAACCAAAUCCUGAUGAAGAGGAAGAAGUAGAAAAACUGACAUCAUAAUAAGAAGAGAAGAUACUUGAAGAAUAAUUAAAAACUAUUGUAGUUCCCCCUUAAAUUACAGUGGUAAUUGAUCUAAUUAAAUAAUAAGGUUUAAUAAAAUAAGAAAACCACUGGAAUGACAUUUUUGUAAGUCAUUAAAUAGGCUUAACAAUAAAAACAGUUAAAGAACCUAUUCAAUUUGACCAAUGUAGUUUAAUACUUUAGAUUAAAGGAAGAAGAAUAAUUAAAAUGA